ACCGUUACAACUCAAGAUCGAAAGAAAAUCCAGUAAUGUCGUCUGAUCCUAGCAGCACCGCUUCUUCUUCAUCUUCUUCUCCACGCCUCACAACCGGCGUGGUCAAUUUCUUGACCCGUCGCGCCAUGACCACGCACCGACGAGCAGCAGCAUGCCACCAGCUCCCGACCGCUCAACUCCACUCGCCGGGCUCCUCCGCCAGCUCGGCCGACUCCGCGCCGUGGCACCGUGCCCCGGCCACACCGCCUCUGCUCCCGUUCGACACCAACGACGCCGACGAGAUGCUCCUGCUCGACUUGCUCUCCCACUCCCAGAACGCCCCCGUGCAAGCUCCCAAGACGGAGACGCCAAUGAAACAAGAGGCAGACGAGGGGCACACCGGCGGCUGUGGGCGUGCGUUCCGCGGGGUGCGGAAGCGGCCGUGGGGCAAGUUCGCUGCGGAGAUUCGGGACUCGACACGGAACGGCGUCCGGGUGUGGCUGGGCACCUUCGACAGCCCGGAGGCGGCGGCGCUGGCGUACGACCAGGCCGCCUUCGCGAUGCGGGGUAGCGCCGCCGUGCUCAACUUCCCAGCGGACCAUGUCCGGCGGUCGCUGGACGGCGCCGGCGACGACGUGUGCGGCCGCGCCGACGGGGUGUCGCCCGUUCUGGCGCUCAAGCGACGACAUUCCAUGCAUCGGAGGCGGCCGCUUGCGGCGAACCGGAAGCCAAAGGUCGCCCGGCGGCCGGAGUGCGUGAUGGAGCUGGAGGACCUCGGCGCAGAGUACCUGGAGGAGCUACUCGGCGCCUACCAGGACAACACAACCUCGACCGCCACCAUUUCAUGGUGCUGGAGCCAGAGCCACCACUCCGUCUGACUUUGCAGUGAGCAUGAUCGACAAGAAUAGUGUUGGUGAGAGUUGUUGAAGAUGAUGGACCGGUUUCUUUCUUUUCUUCCCUGUAUGUGUGAUAGCCCCGAUUGUGUGUUGGACAAUUCAGCUAGACUAGUUUCUUUAGGAUCCAUCGAUUUUCUUCUAGAAUGGAGAAACCGAAAACAUGGUGAGAAUUUUUCUUUCGAAAUGGGCAACCCGUCCUCUCCAUUGAUCAGAGCACGCACUCGAUCGUCAACAGAUUGAGGAGCUGUCUAUAAGUUCUGAAGCGCCAAAUGUUUUGGUUUGAAUUCAGUGAAAUUAGUUGUUGUGAAUAGUUCCCCAAAUUCUGUUUAGAAGAGAUUGUUGUUGGUUUUGGACUUUUGGUGUUGACGGGUGAAGUGGAAUGGAGCUUGCAAAAUGAGAACUCGAACUCAAGCAGACAUGCAGAAAAAUACUUGCAUGGAUGCAUAUCUUGACCAGGUCCAAACAUGCAUAUUUUUUUAGA